AGAAAUCCUACGAAAUCCAACUUAUUGAACGAGGUGCCCUCUUUAUUCUGUUGUUUGGCCUUUGAUUGUAGAGGUCAGUCUUCAAUUAAUUUUUCUCGAAAUGGACUUUUGGUACUAAAAUCGAUUGAGAAGCUCAAAUGUUACCUUAGCAUUUUUGAUGCCAAUGUUUUGUGUGUUUUUUCUUAUUUUAAUUUUCUCUGUUUCUUGUUCUUUUUCUUUUGUUUCUAAAUUUGGGCUAAUUUGCUUGGAAAAGGAAGAGAAAUAGAAAACUGCAGUGAAACUGCAAGAACAAGCUUAAUCAUGUGGUAGAAGGAUAUAUAUAUAUGUGUGUGUGUAUAUAUAUAUACAUAUAUAUGUGUGUAUAUAUUCAAAAAUGAGUCAAAUAGCAUUCUGGCAAAGAAUGCGUUUUUUUUUAAUAACGGAGAAAUCUCCGAAGGCCAGUGGCAUACGGCUCGGAACUCGGUGAUACCAGGCCUGCUCCUCUACCCUCUUCUACUUAACUGUCAGACUUUGUGUGUGGUGAGGUUCAAUCCCAUGUGCACGUAUUGCUUACCCUUUUAUGCUUUUGCUUUAUGCUUUAAGAUUGUUCUUCGUAGAACUCCUCGUAUAUUUGUAUUUUGCUUGCAGUUUCCAAACACUCUUUUGUGGAACAGCUGAUUGUUUUGAAGAUAACUAAUGGUGUUCCUGAACCCGAUUUUGCUUGAUCGACUUAGCAUAUAGAAAACCUGCACAACAGUUGAAAUGAUUGAAGUCACUGUGGCAGUCUAUAUAAUCAUUUCAGUGAAGAUGAAAAGGAGUCGAAUCUACUUCACGCUUUGCAACUCAGUUGAAAUUUGUCAUUUUGUUCAAAGGUAAAAACUUCUUUGAACUUUUUGAUGUCUUAAAGGGAGAACUUUCAUGGUUAAAGAAUACUCCUAUUUCAUUUUGUUUGUAAACCGACAAGUAAAGUUGUUUACAUUUGAAUAUCAGCAAAUGUCUAUUAAAUGAGCUAACCAUUUGAUAUUAUAGUUGUUAUUUCGUAUUUAUUUUGCCCUAAGAGUUUAAUAUUGCUGGAAGCAUAGUAUCCUAUUUACGAGCUCUGCUCCUUUCCCAACAAAAAUGUGAUCAGAACUUAAAGUUGCAUGAUGGACGUGAUGAGGUUACUCACUAGUCAUGACCCGAAUUUGAGAAGUUUUGGAGCAGGUAGUGCUCCUGACACGCUUUAUGAAGGAAGCUUUAUCACGUUUGGAAGAGACUGCACCUUUGGAUCUUGAAACUGAUAGCUUUUAUGAAGCCAGAAAGGGUGCUCUUCUAGAUAAGAUUGAGCAUGGCAUGGCGGAAGAGUUACUUAUCAUGUCAUGGGAAUCACAUGUGGGAACUGCCUGUAGGGGAGUCAAUUGGGACAAGCAUUCCCUAUCUGAGCUCCGAGCAGCUGUUACAUGCAUUGGGGGGGUCUUUGCCUAGGAUCUUUUUCUUGUGAAACAUCCAGGAUCAUCAACAAUCACCACUCACUUUCCAUUUCCAAGGUGAACCAAUGUGGUGAAAUCAGGAGGACAUUGUGUAGGUUGUGAAAUUUAUGUUCCAAGACGGCUUGGUGAUACUAACUAGCUUUGACAAUCAAUACUCAUAUGAUAUUAGAAACAUACGUAUUAUGCACACUAUUCUUAUGCACACUAUACCUGGCCCAAAUACACAGUAAAGGCUUCAACUGAUGAACCAAUUCAGAGUCUUUGGACAAGAUCAAUAUCCUCAUAUUUCUGCUGCAAAACUGGCUUUUAAUAAUAUAACAUCCUCCCUCCGUUCCAUUUUAUAGGCACGGAGUUUAAGAAAUAAGUAAAGACUUGAUGCUUUUUACCAAAUUGUUCUUUAUUUAAACA